AUGGAGCUCGAUCCCCAGAAGAUCAUGCCGUUUGCAGUGGUGCCAGCCACGCUGGAGAUCUUGCCGUAUCUGAUACCGAGGAUGUCUGAGCUGCAGCCAAGCUUCAUUUGCUUCGAUGCAGCAGCACCCUUCGGCUACCUUCUGGCCGAGCACAUGAAGAUCCCAGCAGUGUGCUCAAUGUCAGCCCUGCCGAUGCCCAUGGCAGACCGGGAGAAAGAAAGCAGUCGGCGCUCCGAGCAGGGGAGGCAAGUUCUUGACGCAACUUCAGCAGCCCUGGCUGAAAAGUACGGGCUAAACUUCAACCACAACUAUGCGUACACUUGCUACAGCGACUACAACAUCGUUUGGUGUUCUCGAUACUGGCAUGAAGAUAGCUCGGAAUUCUCGCCGGAGCAGUUCCACUACUGGGGACCUUUGACAUCCCAGCGCAAGGGCAUUGCAAGCGGACCCGGAUCAGAUGCAGUGUCGACGACGCUUUGCAACCUCUCCGGACGCCUGGUGUUGUGCUCUUUGGGAACCAUGGCCACAGGCGAUGCGUUUGGGAAGUUUGGUGCUGCAGUGGUCGACUUCUUUCAGAAACUCUGCAGGGCAGCCGCCCUGCUUCAGAAGGAGCUUCCAGACGUGCAACUGGUCCUGUCAGCUGGCAAAAGUACCGAUCUGGUGGAGGAAGGCGGCCGUGUGACGAGCCUAUUUGGCGAGCAAGUGCCGAGCAACGUCGUCGUCGCCAGGAGCUUGGACCAGUUGGCGCUGCUCGAGAAGGCAAGCGCAUUUGUAACGCAUUGUGGUCAGAACAGCUCCAGCGAGGCGGUCUUGGCAGGGGUUCCAGUGGUUGCUGCACCUUUCUUUGGCGACCAACCCUUGAAUGCACACCGAUUCAUCAGUCUUGGCUGCGGGCUGCUGCAGUCCUACGUUGACGUUCCCGCCAAGACCAGCGACAAGCAGUUUCGCCCCGACUUGGAUAGAGUGUCGUCGGAGUCACUGGCAACAGCUAUUCGAAGAGUCUUGGAAGAGCCGCAGUUUGGCGAGGCCAUGCGAACACUCCGCGAGAAGGAGGAAGGGGAGCCGGUGGAUGAGAAGCUGCAGAGCUUGUACAAGUUCAUCGCUGGGCAUCAGGCUGUUCAGCCGUCUUAA